AUGUCCUUUGGGGCCGACUUUGCCUAUGCCCUUGGGUCAGUGAUCGCCCCGUACUGCGAGGCCAUGGUGCAGCAGCGGUCCAAUGCUCAAAUGGCUACCUUCGUGCAGCAUCUCAGGCCGGAAGAGGUGACCCGGGGCAUGGAGCAGGAGGAUCGCCAGAUGAUGCAGCAGCGGUUGUAUGAGCACGGAGAUCGGUUGCUGAGGGAUCACAUCCAGGCUACGGGAGCCCAUCCGCAGCAGCCUGUGCCGCAGCAGCCUGUGCCACAGCAGCCGGUGCCGCAGCAGCAUGUGCCGCAGCAGCAUGUGCCGCAGCAGCAUGUGCCGCAGCAGCAUGUGGACCCGCCGGCCUCAAAGGGUCAUGCGAAGAAGGUGGCGAGAUACAGAACACCGGCCGGCACGCUGGAGGUCUUCAUCCGGUUCCAACCGAGUGAUAUUAUGGACACCGGCGGCGAGUCGGAGGUGCUUCGAGGGCAGCAGGGCUCAGGACCUGCAGGUGAUGUGCAGCCCCCUGCUGGGGCGGGUUCCCCACGCUCGCCUUUGCGACCGUCGCCGAAGAUGAGUGCACCGCCGCCGCCUCCACCGCCACCGGAAGAUCCAGUACCACCUGUGAUGGAGUCCAGGCCCAAAGUUCCCUCGCCAGCGGCACCGCCGAAAGCUGCCGCGAAGUCGCGACCGCAGCCCAAGGAGACCGAGAUCGAGAGGAUGCCGAAGCUUGUCAGUGUUAAGUUCGUAUUGAGGGGUGAGAGCAAGCGAGCAGCAGAGCAACGGCACUACGGCUCCGAGCAGAAGAGAUCCCGUGGCGGCCAGCAUCGCUAUGAUCGCUAUUACAAGUCUUGCGAGCCCUGGGCCCUCGGAGUGGAAACGAAGCAGAGCCGAUCUUUGCAUGCAUUGGAUGCCGACGAGGACAUGAAGAACAUGGCAGCAAGGACGCCCGCCAAGGACGACCAGACCAAGGCGACUAAGGUUGAGCCGAGCACCCCCGCCUCCAAAAAACACCGUAAGGGUGAGUCUCGUGUGAAAAGACGCCUCUUCGAAACCCCCAAGCAGGAGACCCCGUCCCCGACCGACCGCAGUCCCGGUUCGAAAGGGGGCGACUCGGACGAGGAUGCAGAUUUGUGGAAGGACGACUUUCGCCGCCUUGACACCACCAGCUUGCCCGAGAAGCGAAAGGCCCUGAAUCGUCCGUCGUCCCGGUCCAGGGUCAAGAAACGCCGAGCAGGAAGCAGCCCCGGGGCCCCCAGUGUCAAGUCCGAGAUCGCUGCAGCCCGCGAAGUCCCCGGAAAUUCGUGUGCAGAAGAUGAUGACGAGGGCCGUGGCAAUGAGCUUUCGCCUACUCCCACCCCCAAGUUUGAGGGUGCGAAGGUAAAGCCUGAAGAGGCCCCGCAGGCCGGAGGCCGAGACCCUGCCACCCAAGUUGAGUCGGAUGUCCUGCAGUCCCUUCCCACAAGCCUCUCCGAGCGAGAUCUGUCCCUGAUCGUUCACAUCUUGACAGAAGAGGACCUGCUGACGAUGCAGGACUGCCUGGAGAACUUGGCAGAGAUCGAUCCAAGCACUUUGGCUCUCUUGUGCACCUAUGGGUUGUCUUUUGCAGCAUUAAUAUUGUGCUAUCUCAGGCAACAUGGCUUCCAUGCUGGGGGCAAGCGGUCAAGCUCUGUUCGCCAAGCUCACGAUCAAAGGGAAGCGAGGAUUUUUGGGUUGGUCAGAAAAGCUGAAGGCCAGGGCCUUCGUGCAACAGCUCUGCUCUUGUGUUUAUUGCCGGCAGGCUCUCACGCCAGCGGGAUCCGAGCUCAAGGAAGAACCGAAGGAAGAGCCGUGAAUUGCAAUUCUCUGUCCUAG